GUUGCAGUUGCCGCAAUUCCAAGUCGUCGCAGUUCUGUAACGUGGCCAGAACGUUGCCGGGCAAUUAUUGUUUUGUAAGACGUUUUACAAUUUAAUGGUUUUCAUGAAUGGACUGGGAUCCGACCCUCUGUCAGCAAAGGAGGCAGAGGGCCCUCCGGUUCAAGUUGAACCAGUUGAUUUGAGUUUACGUUCGCCGCGCGCGAGCACUUCGCAUGCCAGCGGCAGCAACAGCAACAACUAUAACAAAUCCGCCACCAAAACAUCCGCCAGCCACAAGAGUAACUAUAGUAAUGGGAAGCAUUCGGGGGCAUGCUCAUCCUCCGCCUCCAGUUAUGCAACAGGCGGUGGCUCAACGCUGGGGGCCUUUGGUCGACAACACCAGCAGCAGCAGCAUCAGCAGCAGCAACAGCAACAGCAGCAGCAACAACAGCUGUACGCUUCCGGCGUCUCCAAGUUGCCAUUUUCGCCAUUCUUUGCAGCAUCGCCAUUCUUCUUCACUUAUCGACGGAUCAGCAAGCAGGAAGACAACAACAACAGCUGCAGCUACAACAACGGCACCAGCAGCAGCAGCAACCACAGCGCCACCAACAGCAGCAGCCUCAGCAGCAGCGCCAACAGCAGCGCUCUAAUGCAGGACUAUGAUCGCAAGUUCAGUUUGUUGAGUCUCUUCAAGAAUCCCUACAAGUUCACCGAGGCCCAGACGCAGCGCAAAUGCAACUCGCUGAGCAGCAGCGGCAACAGCAACGGCAGCAGCACCAGCCAAAAGGCGUCGCUCACAGGAACAGCUGCGGGGGCGGGAGCGGGAGCUGUUUGUUCGCCAAGCUGGAAGACCUAUGCGGGUGCUGGCUCACCGCAUGCGGCACUUAAUCCCGCCUUUGGUGGCAUGGCACUUGGUGGCAGCAGCGGGGGCGGCGGCGGCGCCACGCGAAAGGACAGCAGCAGCUUUAGUGGCAUCAACUUUGGCGGCAGCGGUGGCGGAGGCGCCUCCGCGUUCAGUCGCGACACUGCAUCCAAUGGCGGCUACAAUGAUCUCUCCAAGAACCGCAAGGUACACAAAUGCGAUACCGAGGGCUGCGACAAGGUCUACACCAAGAGUUCGCAUCUCAAGGCGCACAAGCGCACACACACAGGUGAGAAACCGUAUGUGUGCACCUGGGAGGGCUGCAUCUGGCGCUUUGCCCGCUCCGACGAGCUGACCCGCCACUACAGAAAGCACACCGGAGUGAAGCCUUUCCGCUGUCAGCUGUGCACCCGGAGCUUCAGUCGCUCCGAUCAUCUAUCGCUCCACAUGCGACGACAUUGAGUGCCACCAGAGGCCAUAGGAAAAUAUACUCACACACAUUUCUCAACACAUUCCAGUACACAGGAGACAAAGGGAACGUCGUUUCCUUAUUAUUUAUAAAACACUCUGUUUCAUACAUCCAUUAUAUAUCGCUGUUGUAUCGUUCAGUUUUUAUGACCUAAUGCAUAAGUAGCUCAAUUUAGCACUAUAAUGGGCUUAAAGUCCAGACUAGAUAUAGUGAACUUUAGCUGAUAAUCGAAACGAAAAGAGUUUGUAAAAAUCUUUUCGAAUCUUCACAGACGUUGCCUUCAAGAAGCCAAGUUAACAAGCGGUACUACGAGUAUAAAAAAUCACAAAUUACUACAUCUACUAUACAUCAAUAAAAGAUAUAAAUUGAUUUCGAUAUGGAUUGUAUAACUACCGUAUAAGUAGAAGCAUAGCAUAUUUAUUUGUAUUGGUGCUAGCAACUUGUGUGUACAUACUAAACUAGAUACGUUUUACAUAUCAAUCGAUUAGCCAGUAAUGCGAUUUAACUAAUUUUAGCUCAAAUUUUUAUACUAUAUAUAUUGGAUGUUAAGUAGAAAAUUGUAUACAACUAAAACGAACAAAAGAAAAAACAGAAAAACAAAUUGAAAGACAGGCACAAGAGGCAGCUGCAGCCAAGCAAUAUUUAUAAAUGACAAUAAUCUAUACUAUAAACUAUAUUAAAUGCUCAUAGAAUUACUUAAAACUAUCGAAUACAUUUGUACCAUAUGCAGAUGGCAGUUGCUGUUCAACAGUUGAAAAUUUCUUCACAUUCAAUUCACUUCCUUUAAGAACCAGAACAUUUGAUUACUCCUCCUUUCCAAUUUGAUAAUUGCAAAACCAAUUCAUGUUUAAGUAUUGACUUUAAUCGGUGUUUUUUUGCCUAGUUAACAGCUUUAGUGUAUCUCUUGAUCAUCAUACUUGAAGAUCUUCGUAUUUAUUACACUCUGAUGAGUUUUUAAUAUAAUUCUAAAGUAUUUUAACGAUUGUUGUGUAUCUCUCUCUAUCUUAAUUGAUUUUUACUGUAAUCCCAGAUCAGAGAAUCGAUAAAUUGAAACUGCAGCACUGAAAGAUCCGCAACUGCCACGUAGAUUUAAAGAGAUAGACAAUUUAACUGCAAGCAUCAAAAGUAAAAAAACAGAUAAAGAGAACAAAACAAAGUGUAUUACUAUACUAUAUACUAUACAACAUACCAUGCGAUGCAUACGUCUAUUUUUUGCUGAAAAUAAAAAUAAAAAUCAACUUUUUG